AGCCAGCGAACGGCCGCGUUUUCCUCCCACCUUCCUCUCCUCCUCCCUCUCCUCUGCUCUUCCGUUUCCUCCUCGCAAUCCAUCCAUCGAUCCGUCGGGGAGAUGGCGUCCGAGAAGCACUUCAAGUACGUCAUCCUCGGCGGUGGCGUCGCGGCGGGAUACGCCGCGAGGGAGUUCGGCAAGCAGGGCGUCCAGCCCGGGGAGCUCGCCAUCAUCUCCAAGGAAUCCGUGGCUCCGUAUGAGCGCCCUGCGCUCAGCAAGGGCUACCUCUUUCCCCAGACGCUUGCUUGUCGCUCAACUCUAAACGUGUGUCUUCCUUCCGUGCAAGCAGAUGCCGCCAGGCUUCCAGGAUUCCACACCUGCGUCGGGAGCGGCGGGGAGAAGCUCUUGCCCGAAUGGUACACGGAAAAAGGCAUUGAGCUGAUCCUGAGCAUGGAAAUUGUCAAGGCUGAUCUUGCCUCCAAGACAUUGACCAGUGCAGAUGGAGCAACCUUCACCUAUGAGACCUUGCUCAUCGCCACUGGCUCCUCGACCAUAAAGCUCACUGACUUUGGCGUUCAAGGAGCAGAAUCAAACAACAUAUUGUAUCUAAGGGAAAUUGAUGACGCCGACAAGUUGGUCGCAGCUAUGCAAGCAAAGAAGGAUGGGAAGGCCGUCGUUGUUGGAGGUGGCUACAUAGGACUUGAGCUCAGCGCAGCACUGAAAAUCAACAAUUUCGAUGUCACUAUGGUGUACCCAGAGCCGUGGUGCAUGCCACGUCUCUUCACUGCCGGCAUUGCUCAUUUCUACGAGGGUUACUACGCUAGCAAAGGAAUCAAUAUCGUGAAGGGUACUGUGGCUAGUGGUUUUGAUGCUGAUGCCAAUGGAGAUGUUAGUGUGGUGAAGCUGAAGGAUGGAAGAGUACUCGAUGCCGACAUCGUCAUCGUUGGAGUCGGUGGCAGGCCGCUGACAGGCCUCUUCAAAGGCCAAGUUGAAGAGGAGAAGGGUGGACUCAAGACCGACACAUUCUUCGAAACAAGCGUUGCUGGUGUAUAUGCCAUCGGUGAUGUGGCGACUUUCCCCAUGAAACUGUACGACGAGCCGAGGAGAGUGGAGCACGUCGACCAUGCUCGGAAAUCAGCCGAGCAGGCAGUAAAGGCGAUCAAGGCCAAGGAGUCCGGCGAGUCUGUGGCGGAGUACGACUACCUGCCCUACUUCUACUCCAGGUCGUUCGACGUCGCGUGGCAGUUCUACGGCGACAACGUUGGCGAGACGGUGCUGUUCGGGGACAACGACCCAGCGGCGGCCAAGCCCAAGUUCGGCACCUACUGGGUCAAGGACGGCAAGGUCAUCGGUGUGUUCCUAGAGGGCGGCUCCGCCGACGAGAAUCAGGCCAUCGCCAAGGUCGCCAGGGCCCAGCCGCCGGUGGACGACGUGGAGGCGCUCGGCAAGGAAGGCCUUGAUUUCGCCACCAAGAUCUGAAGAUUCCUCUAUCUAUCGACGCGUGUAAAUUUUGUGUUUGUCCCUCCCUGCCGAUGCUUCCUGCUACUCCCUCCGUUCCAAAUUACUCGUCGUAGUUCCUAGCUCAGAAGUGUGAUUCGAUUUUUCAUUUUGGAGUUUGAUGGUGUUGCUGUGACCACUAUGGCAGAAUUCGAAUAAAUUUGUUUAGUAGCAUCUCUGGUUC